AUGAGCAACACCAAGACAAGAGAUGUCGAGGCUGCUGCGGAUAUUGUCGAAGAAGCCACUGUCGUUACAGAUACCAGGGCAACCGCCUUGCCGCCCAAUGAGCCCGCUCAGCCCAGGCUUCGCAGGCCUCUCUUGUUGCAGGACGUCGUAUCACCCGAUGAUGACAAUGACGAUGGAAGCAUGGGGUUCGGGCAGCCACUGAGGAGUUUGACGUGGGAUAUUCCCCGAGGCGCCAGUGUCGGUAAAGAUGUAGAGAAUUACAGCAGCGGUGUCAUCAGCAGCUGGAUCAAGUUGAAGGCACCAAAGUCGGAGAAGGACGUCACGCUGAAACUUCUGCACCGGUGUAACAUCCUGUCGAUCCGCUAUCGGCUGCUCCGUCUUCUGAAAGAGGAGGUGGAUCUAGUCGAUGAAGGAACUAUGAGGCGCGUAGGUCAGGAACUAGAUUCGUAUUGUAGGUCGAGCACCACUCUCCCGCAACACACAAAGUUACCUGAACUCCCUGGGAGGAGACUUGGAUCAUGGGCUAAUAGCAUCGAUGUUUCCAAAUCCGAGCAGCAACGGCAAUCCGCAACAAACGUGCCCUUCCACGAGGACGACAGACCAUGUUUAUUCACGCCAAACAAAACCUUUUCCAACCGAAUCGUCUCGGACAUGGCGGCGCUCGAGGAGCUGAUGAAGAAGUCGUCGCCGUCGCAACAGACCAAGCCGCCGUCACCGGGCGAAAGAGAUGCCCCCCUUAGCCCCGGUGACGCCGAGCGACUCAUCGAGGAGCUCCGCGCAAAGAUCAACAAGACGUUCCGCGACGCCGUCCGGGGCACAGUCUCCGGCCUGUCGGCGGAGCGUAAGGCGAAGGCCAGGAAAGCGUUGGUGGCUCGUCUCCUCAUGGCUUUGGGCGGGGGAGUGGCCUUGGUCGGCCCCAUGCUCAUCAUGGUCCUGCGCCCGACCAGGCUCACGGUAGUCCUCACACCGUCCGUCUGUGUCAUUGCAACCGCGAUCUGCCUUGCCAUCUUCAUGGUGGAUUCGCAGCCCAAGGAUGUGUUGGCAUGUACUGCGGCUUAUGCCGCUGUCUUGGUUGUGUUUGUAGGCGUUGGUGGUGGGUCCAUUCCCACGUAG